AAUAUGUUUAGUUUAUAAAGAGAUUAAAACAUAAAUAGAAUAAAGAGUUAAUAUACAACAUGCACGUAUUUCCAAAAGCAGAAAUUCUUGUUAUCAAAACCACAAGAGUAACAUUCCUGAAGUUUAAAAUUUCGAUAACGUAUCUUCACAAUUGCCCCCCAGAGCAUGCGUAUUAGACUUCCUCUGACUUUGCUCUCGGUGUGCCCCAGACUUGUCUAUCCCUCAGGCAGUCAUCUCCAGACACUCUGCAGUUUCCCAUCAGAGCCAGGGACUUCUGAUAGCUCUUGAGGAUGGUAUUCGUGCGCCCUUCCGAUGUGCCUUUCCCACAAGUCUGGUGGAGGUUCACCGUGGUAAGGAAUGGUGUCAGCAUCCCACUCCGAGUCCAGGACAUCACUGAGGACCAGGUGGAACCAGCCAUCCAGAUGCUCAUGGAGAAUUUCACUAGGGACGAGCCGCCUUGCAAGUACAUUGAAAUCAACAAGCAUCCUACAGCCGUAGCUGAGCUCGUGAAACUCUGGAGUGAUACCAUUAAACACAAAAUGUCCGUAGUUUGCGUUGAAGACAAAGAGGAUCACCCUCAGAUGGUAGGCGUCAAUGUGCUCACUGUGAUCUGCAAGGAGGAUAAAGAAGAACCGUUUCAUACGGAAGACCCCGUCUGGGCCCAGUUAUUCGGCGCUGUAGAAUUGGUGUCCAACAGCGUAGAUGUGUUCUCCCACUACGGGGUGGACAAGUACCUCACCGCGUACGGCCUGGUGGUAGCUAAAGGCUGGAGGGGGUUGAAGAUCGGCGCCGAAAUAUUGAGAGCCAGGGUGCCUCUCUGCAAGGCGUUUGGCAUCAAAGCCACGGUGACAGUAUUUACUGCGGCCGCUUCCCAAGCAGUUGCGACCAAGGCAGGCUUUGAAGACCUCCACGAGACCACAUAUGAAGAGCUCGCCAAGAAAGGCUGCGUCUUCCCUGGCAUCGAGAGAGACACCAAAUCCUCCAAACUGAUGGGAUUAGCUAUCGAUUAAAUGACUAAUUAAUAAAGAGAUAA